CCGCUCCCCGCUCCCUGAUCCCGAUCCCCGUGCCCGAGCCGUGCCCCCGCCGCGGGCCGGCGGCGCGGGGAUGGGAGCGGGGCUGUGAGCGGGGCGUGAGCCGUGGCCAUGGGGAACAUCUCGUCCAACAUCUCCGCCUUCCAGUCCCUGCACAUCGUCAUGCUGGGCCUGGACUCGGCGGGGAAGACCACGGUGCUCUACCGGCUGAAGUUCAACGAGUUCGUCAACACCGUGCCCACCAUCGGCUUCAACACCGAGAAGAUCCGGCUGAGCAACGGGACGGCCAAGGGCAUCAGCUGCCACUUCUGGGACGUGGGCGGGCAGGAGAAGCUGCGCCCGCUCUGGAAGUCCUACAGCCGCUGCACCGAUGGCAUCAUCUACGUGGUGGACUCGGUGGACGUGGACCGGUUGGAGGAAGCCAAAACGGAGCUGCACAAGGUGACCAAGUUCGCGGAGAACCAGGGCACCCCGCUGCUCGUCAUCGCCAACAAGCAGGACCUGCCCAAGUCGCUGCCGGUGGCCGAGAUCGAGAAGCAGCUCGCCCUCCACGAGCUGACCCCUUCCACCACGUACCACAUCCAGCCCGCCUGCGCCAUCAUCGGCGAGGGGCUCACGGAGGGCAUGGACAAGCUCUACGAGAUGAUCCUCAAGCGCAGGAAGUCCCUCAAGCAGAAGAAGAAACGAACAGACAAUAGUGGUGGUAACAAAGCGGCUCCCGCCAGCCGAGCCCAGAUCCCGGAGCUCCGCUCUCCCACCCGCUCCUGAGGGUCUGAUCCGGACUCCUUUUGGGCUGGAAACAUGCAAAACCGGGGUGAUCCCCCCCGCUCCACCCUCCAGGACCACCGAGCCUUUGUGUGCCGGGGGGGCCAACAGGGCAGGACCCUGUUGAAGCGCGUUCGAGAGGAGCCCGGUGCGCUUUUGGUCUCCAGUGUGUGCAUUUUGGGGCGGGGGGUGUCGAUACCAGCCCCCCACAUGCAUUUCGGGGGCAGGGGAUGCUUUGGGGGGGGGGUGGGGUAUAUGGGUGCACCCUGGCUCGGCAAGGUCAGCGGGGAGGGGUCUCGCAGCUGCGCCCCCGAUGCCCGCCCGUAUCCCCACAUCCUCGUAUCCCUGCAUCCCCGCAUCCCUCCCCCGCGGUCGGCGGUGGGAAGGGGUGCUGGAAACUUGAGGGGGGUCUGGACCAGCAGAAAAUGUCAGGGGGGGAGGGGGUGACGGGUAAGAGGACACCCACCCGCCCUGGCUGGUGUUCUAGGGUGCAGAGCAAGGACAGGCAGCCUUUGGGGUGGGGGGAGGAAGGAUGCGGCGCGGGGGGGGGCUGAGCAGCUGCUGAGUGGUGCUGAGCUUUAAGCUCUUCGCUUAUAAAAAGGGGGGGGGGGAAGCCAAAAAAAAAAAGCGCCGGGUUUUUGUUUUUUUUUUAAGGCUGCUGGAAGAGCUGGGAGGGUCGUCCUGGACCACUCCCCUCAAAGGCUGGGUUGUGUCACCUUCUGCAGCAAAGCCCCCGACCCAGCUGUGUGCUGUCCCCAGGCAGAGGGUGCUCCCGGGUGCAGGGCUGGAGGUGAUCCAAGCCAGGGGUUAGUUACUGAAUCCACAAAAAAAAAAAAAAAAAAAAGAAAAAAGCUGAGUUUGUGGUUCUGGUCACUGUGCUGCUCUGCAGUGGGGGCAGGAGGCCAAGUCAGGUUUUAAGAAGGGGGUCAUGGCAGGGCAGGAUGGACGGACAGAGGUGGCCAGAGCUUGUAAAAAUCUCUGCUGGAAAGGGAAAAUGACAGGGCGUGAGGAGACGUGGGGGGUGCAGCUUUGGGGAGGGGGUAGGUUUUUAACAAAGAUUUAAAUCUGGUUAAAAGCCCCUUGUUGCCCACGGUAGCCAUAUGGGCAAGCUCUGCCUGCAGAGCCACCCGGGCAGCGUCAGGCCUUGCCACCUCCUUCUGCAGGUGAACAUUUUGGCACCUGGAUGGGACUGGGGACCAAAAUCCACUUGCUGUCUGUGUUUUAGCUCUCUGCAGGAGAAAACCAGGGUCCUGGCUUCCCACAGAGCAGAAGCAGGCAGCCCUCAGGGGCCAAAUACUCUGAAUUUUGAGCCAGGCAGGAUUUUCUGGUGAUUUUACACCAGCCUUCCCGUUUGCAAACCCCUUCCCUGAGCACCGAGGGGAAACCACUGAGCAGACAAAAGAAAAAUGCCCUCCGGCUUUCGGGGAGUUGAUUCUCCCCCUUGCAGGACGAGCUCAGCACCUUCCAAAUAGCUCUUUUUGUUUGUUUGUUUUUGGUUUUGUGAGGAAACAAAUGUUGCAGCCGAGUUGUGUUUCUUCUCUCCUUGCGGGGUUUUGAGUUCCCGACGCGAGUCCCGACUUGUGCACCGAGCGAGUGGGCUGGUCCCAUCACUGCAGGUGGCUCUGUUCCCACUUCCUUGGCUUCCCCUGCUUUGUCUUCACCUCCAACACUUUGGUACUUGCCGUCGAGAGAGAGAGAGAAAAAAAGGAAUUAUUUAUUUUUGAUGCCACAGAAGCCACGUGUAUUACCCCUUUUUUUUGGAGAGUGACCCAUUUUAGAGGUGAAAUGGAAAGCUGUGUUGACCCCCUCCCCGCUCCAGAGGGAGCAGGUUUUAGGAAUGACACUUUGUGGGUUUUCCCUCCUCGCUGUUUGGUUUAGCAAACACUGGCAUGGAAAGCCUGGUGGUAUUUAUGGAGCUCCCAUAUCCUGGGAGUUUGUUCUACCCAGCUGAGCAUCCCCUUGGAGAAAUGGCAGAGCACUGGGAGGUGCAGGUGGGACGCUGUGCUGGUGCUGUUCCCACCAGCUCUGCUUUCUGCAAUAAUUAAAGAGACUUUUCCAAUGAGUA